AUGGCGACACUCCUGUCCCACUCCGCGCGGCGCCCUCCCCUCUUGCGCCAGGCCAUCAAGAUAAGGCGCCGCAGGGUCCGGGCGCUACAAGAUCCCCUGCCCCAACCGACUCAGGAGAUCGAACCUCCAUCCCACCACUUCUCCCCUGAGGAGGCCUUCCACGUGGAGCCCGAGGAGCACCAGCGGAUGCUGCAGCAGGUCCAGGAGCUCGAGAAGCCAGUAUUUUGUCUGAAGGCGACAGUGAAACAAGCCAAAGGCAUCCUGGGCAAGGAUGUCAGCGGGUUCAGUGACCCCUACUGCCUGCUGGGCAUCGAGCAGAGGGUGGGCACGUCGGAGGGCGGCGCCGGGUCUCGGCGGCGGCAGCAGAAGGCUGUGGUGAGGCAUACCAUCCCCGAGGAGCGGACCCACCGCACCCAGGUCAUCACCCAGACUCUCAGUCCUGUCUGGGACGAGACCUUCAUCCUGGAGUUUGAGGACAUAAGCAACUCGAGCUUCCAUCUGGACAUGUGGGACCUGGACACUGUGGAGUCUGUCAGGCAGAAGCUCGGGGAGCUCACAGAUCUGCAUGGGCUGCGGAGGAUCUUUAAGGAGGCCCGGAAGGACAAAGGCCAGGAUGACUUUCUGGGAAACGUGGUUCUGAGGCUACAGGACCUGCGCUGCCGGGAGGAUCAGUGGUACCCCCUGGAGCCUUGCACUGAGACCUACCCAGACCGUGGUCAGUGCCACCUCCAGUUCCAGCUCAUCCACAAGCGGAGAGCCACUGCCGCCAGCCGCUCCCAGCCCAGCUACACGGUGCACCUCCACCUGCUGCAGCAGCUCGUGUCCCAUGAGGUCACCCAGCACCAGGCAGGCAGUACCUCCUGGGAUGGGUCAUUGAGUCCCCAGGCUGCCACCAUCCUGUUUCUCCACGCUACACAGAAGGACUUGUCUGACUUCCACCAGUCCAUGGCGCAGUGGCUGGCCUACAGCCGUGUCUACCAGAGCCUGGAGUUCCCCAGCAGCUGCCUCCUGCACCCCAUCACCAGCAUCGAGUACCAGUGGAUCCAGGGCCGUCUCAAGGCAGAACAGCGGGAGGAGCUGGCCACCUCGUUCAACUCCCUGCUGGCCUACGGCCUCUCCCUCAUCCGGAGGUUCCGCACUGUCUUCCCUCUCUCGGUCCCCGACUCCCCCGCCCGGCUGCAGUCUCUGCUCAGGGUCCUGGUGCAGAUGUGCAAGAUGAAGGCCUUUGGAGAGCUGUGCCAUGACAGUGCCCCACUGCCCCGCCUGGUCUCAGAGGCACUGCGGACUGGCACUGUUGAAUGGUUCCACCUGAAGCAGCAGCACCAUCAGCCCAUGGUGCAGGGCAUGCUGGAGGCGGGCAAGGCCUUGCUGAGCCUGGUACAGGACAUCAUUGGCGACCUGCACCAGUGCCAGCACACGUGGAACAAGAUCUUCUACAAUGCUCUUAAGGUCGACCUCUUCGCCAUGGCUUUCCUGGAGCUGCAGUGGCUGGUGGCCAAGCGGGUGCAGGACCACACAGCCGCGGCAGUGAGCGGCCCCGUGUCCCCAGAGAUGGGCGAGAGUCUGUUUCAGCUUUACAUCAGCCUCAAGGAGCUCUGCCAGAUGGGCCCGGCCCCCUCAGAGAGGAAUGGAGUCCUGGCCCUGGACGGCUUCCACCGCUGGUUCCAGCCGGCCAUCCCCUCCUGGCUGCAGAAGACGUACAGCGUCGCCCUAGCGAGAGUGCAGCGUGCUGUGCAGAUGGACCAGCUGGUGCCCCUGGGCGAGCUGACCAAACACAGCACAUCGGCUGUGGAUCUGUCCACCUGCUUCGCCCAGAUCAGCCACACUGCCAGGCAGCUGGACUGGCCCGACCCAGAGGAGGCCUUCAUGAUCACCGUCAAGUUCGUGGAGGACACCUGCCGGCUGGCCUUGGUGUACUGCAGCCUGGUAAGGACCCGGGCCCGCGAGCUCGCUGCAGGCCAGAAGGAUCAGGGCCAUGCAGCCAAUAUGCUGUGCGUGGUGGUGAAUGACAUGGAGCAGCUGCGGCUGGUGAUUGGCAAGCUACCUACCCAGCUGGCAUGGGAGGCACUGGAGCAGCGAGUGGGGGCCGUGCUGGAGCAGGGGCAGCUGCAGAACACGCUGCACGCCCAGCUGCAGAGCGCGCUGGCGGGGCUGGGCCACGAGAUCCGCACUGGCGUCCGCACCCUGGCCGAGCAGCUGGAGGUGGGCAUCGCCAAGCACAUCCAGAACCUGGUGGGUGUCCCGGAGUCUGUCCUGCCGGAGGAUGCCAUUCUGCCCCUGAUGAAGUUCCUGGAGGUGGAGCUCUGCUACAUGAACACCAACCUGGUGCAGGAGAACUUCAGCAGCCUUCUGGCCCUGCUCUGGACCCACACGCUCACCGUGCUGGCGGAGGUGGCCACCUCCCAGCGGAGCUGCCCCUUGGCCUCUAGCAGGCUGAAGGUUGCGCUGCAGAACCUGGAGAUCUGUUUCUAUGCGGAGGGCUGUGGCCUGCCACCUGAGGCCCUGCACACAGCCACCUUCAAGGCUCUGCAGAGGGACUUGGAACUGCAGGCGGCCUCCAGCCGGGAGCUCAUCCGCAAGUACUUCUGUGGCCGCCUCCAGCAGCAGGCAGAAACCACCAGUGAGGAGCUUGGGGCCGUCACAGUCAAGGUCUCCUACCUUGCCUCUGAGCAGAAGUUGCGAGUGGAGCUGCUCAGCGCUUCCAGCCUGCUGCCCCUGGACUCCAAUGGCUCCAGCGACCCUUUUGUUCAGCUGACCUUGGAGCCCAGGCACGAAUUCCCUGAUCUGGCUCCCCGGGAGACCCAAAAACACAAGAAGGAUCUUCACCCGCUGUUUGAUGAGACCUUUGAAUUCCUGGUGCCCGCUGAGCCCUGCCAGAAGGACGGGGCAUGCCUCCUGCUAACGGUGCUGGACCAUGACACGCUGGGGGCUGAUGACCUGGAAGGGGAGGCCUUCCUGCCGCUGUGCUCCGUGCACGGCCUGAACCGGACAGAGGAGUCUGGGGCGGUGCCUCAGACGCGCCUGCCCCUCACCUAUCCCACACCCAAUGGGGACCCCAUCCUGCAGCUGCUGGAGAGCCGGAAGGGUGACCGCGAGGCCCAGGUGUUUGUGAAGCUGCGGCGGCAGCGAGCCAAGCAGGCCUCCCAGCAUGCCCCACGGCCAGGGCGAUAGCAGUGGAGGGUGGGUCCUGCAAGUCUGGGAGCCCCAGCAUGCGGAAGGCCCUGAGUGCAGACCCCCUCUGGUCUCCUGCCAGAGUGGGGUCCACGGUGAUGGGGACACUGUUAGCAGUAUUUACACUCCCUCCUUGCCUUUAGCCUUGGCCUCAGCAUUCUCUGCCAAAUCCCAGCACCGGGGAAGGAGGGGGCAGCUGUUUGCACCUCCUACCCUGCUCUUCUCUGGGAAGAGCUGCUCUAGUAAAGCAGGGGCUCAGUCGGCUGCCCCCCAGCAAACCUAGCCACUGGGUGGGGGCCAGAGCUGUGGGCACAGGGGCCCUCUCAUGGGAGGAGAGGGGACCCUGACCAAGAUGAGGACCUGGGGGCAGGG